AUGUCAUUGGAUGCUAUAAGACGACAAGUGAAUGAUGUUCCUGAUUAUUACAUUCUCUCAGCUCAACAGGAGUUUGAAAACUCUACUAAUGUGAAACUCUUGAAUCCAAGAGUUAUCGAUGAAGAAUUCAAUUAUAAGAAACAUAUAUUCUCCAAAUUGAAAUUCUUAUACUUGGAACAAGAAACAAGAGAUAAGUUCUUAAGAAGGAUAAGUGAGAUAAGUAGUGUUGAGUUAGAGGAAGAUAAACAUGGUGAAUGGAAUGAUAUUGCUAAUAUCGAACGUCAAACUGGUGAAAGUAAAGUGAUAUUAAAGAGUUUAAAACUGGAGAUGAAUAAUAAAAUCAAGAACUUGGAUCAAUUAUGUGAAGAUAAUAUUGAAUUGUAUCAUCAAUAUAUCGAUAAAGUUGAUGAUAGUAAACGAUUGAUUCAUGAUAUUGAUGAUAUAACUCAAGAAAUCGAUCAAAUUCUUGAUGAAUUUGAUGAUCAAGAAUUUAUUCAAGAUAUAACUAAUAAUAAUAACAAUUCAACUGAUGAUAUUGAUUUACUGAAUAUAAUUGAAAAGUCAAGAGCUCUAGUUGAUGAACAAACUCAACAAUUGAAUUCCCUUCAACAAGAGAUAGAUCAUCAACAAUCCCAAUAUGAAAAGAAAUGUACUCAUCAUACUAAUUUAUUACAUAAAUCCCAAGAUUUAAAAGAGAUAAUUAAAAGUUAUUCUGACCUUGAAUCAAAUGAUAUUGAAACAAAUCAACAGAAUAAUAAGAAACUUCAUGAUAAGUUUCAAAAUUAUGGUAAAUGGUGUAAAGAAAUGAAUGAUGUUAUUAUAAAAUUAUCCAAUAUAACGAACAUUAAAUUGAAAUUAACCAAGAAGAAUAAUUUCUAUUUAAUCAUUGAUAAUUCUAAACGAAUCAUAUAUACUCAUCAUUGGAAAAUCAUUAAGAUUGAAGGAUUUAAAAAUGAAUCAUCAACUAAUCAAUUUAUCAAAUUUGUUAAUCAAUUGAAUUUAACUGAAGAUUUAUUUUUACUGGCUUUAGUUGAGUUUAUACAAGAUGAUCAAACUAGAUUAUAA